AUGUCCCUCCUCAGUCUCCCGAACGAACUUCUCUUGCUGAUAGCAGAAGAACUAAACCCCAAGGAUCUAAAACGUUUCCUAGAGACCAACAGCAACCUAGCAACCCUAUUCACCCCCGUCCUGCACAAGCACGCCCUCCGUGACAAGACCGUCCUCCUCUGGGCCGCGGCCAGAGGCCAAAAGCCCCUCGUCAAACUCCUCCUGGAGAAAGGCACGGACGUAAACCUCCAAGCUGGAAAAUUGCUACGCACCCCGCUGCACGAAGCCUGCCACAACGGGCGCACGAGCGCAGUGAACCUCCUCCUAUCCGCCGGCGCCGACGUCUCCGUCCCAGACAUCCACGGCGACACACCACUACACCUCUCCACACCUCACGUCAAAAUCGCCCAAGCGCUGCUCGACAGUGGGGCAAGCAUCAACGCCCAGAGCUCCUACUGGAACGAGACAGCCCUACACAAAGCCAUUGACGCCGGCGCCGAAGAGACGGUCGAGAUACUGCUGAGUCGGGGAGCGAGGGUCGACCUCAGAGGGUACUACGACAUGACGGUUCUACACCUGGCUGCUGUCAGCGGGAGCAGGCGCAUUCUGGAAUUGCUCUUGGGGAACGGUGCAGAUGGCUUUCUGGAGGAGAGAGAUAUGGAGGGGGAGACACCGCUGCACAGGGCUAUUCGACAUGGCUUUCGGGGCAUGGUCGCUUUACUGCUCGACCGGGGAGCUGACGUCUCCGCACAGAAUUAUAUCGGGGUUAUGGCUCGGCAUACACGGCAGGAUAGGGUUCAAGGGAGGGAGGGGAUUGAGGAGUUGCUGGUUAGGGCGGUGAGGAGGAGGGGUUGA